UAAAUAGUCGCCAAGGCAUGUUAGCUAGUGAGAGGGGAUAAAGUAGCAAGUUCAGCGUGGGUCCUCCAUUACGUGUUUACGUUACCCACAACGGAUAAAUAACAUUUACAGCAUCGGGUUUCGUUUGUUGGCUGUUGAGAAACAAAAGACCCACAAUGUUUGCAUCUCAAUUAAAAAUACAUUACGAGAGUUGAAUAAUCGUUUAGGACGUCCGAGGCCUGGAAAGACGCAUGCUAGCAUAGCUAGGCUAGCCGACGUUAACAAGGCCGCUCCGCUAACACCGUUUGUAGCACCGCAGCCUGGCCACAGACCACUGAAGUGGUUCUUUUCACCAGCUGAUGUCGGAUUUCCUACCAAACACAUAAGCAGCGGCGGCCCAGGACGCGUUAACUCUGGAUGGAAAGCUCGACCGAAUCUAAAAUGAUAAUUGAAAACAUUGAUGCCUUGAAAACAUGGCUGUCUGAAACCCUCGAGCCCAUAUGCGAUGCAGACCCCUCUGCCCUGGCUAAGUAUGUUGUUGCUUUGGUGAAGAAAGACAAAAGUGAAAAGGAACUCAAAGCCCUAUGUAUAGACCAGUUGGAUGUAUUUCUCCAGAAAGAGACCCAGCCAUUUGUGGAUAAGCUGUUUGAAGCCAUUAACAACAAAAACUACCUCCCGCAGCCCGAUCAGCCACCGUCUCUGAUCAAAGUUGAGAAGGAUGAGCCUAAGAAAGAAGAGGCAAACCGCCAAGACGAACGGGAGAAGAAGUUUCCUCGAAGAGUGAAUCACAGCCCACCCCAAUCAAGUUCUCGCUACAACAGAGAUAUUAGGAGAGGAGAUGAGCGUAAGAGGGACGACCGCUCCAGGAAGAGGGAAUAUGACCGCAUACCUCCACGAAGGGAUUCGUACCGCGAUCGAUACAAUCGCAGGAGAGGCCGCAGUUACAGUCGUAGCCGCAGCCGCAGUUGGAGCAAGGAUCACAUCCGAGACCGGGACCGGGACAGGGACAGAGACCGGGACAGGAACCGUGAUCGCAGCAGGAGCCGGUCACACAGCCGAACUCGGUCUGGAAGCAGGAGUAGAGAAAGAGAUUCUGGGAAGUUGAAGUUUGAACACGAUCGAGUAGAAAGACCAGAGAGUGCCGAGUGCUUUCCUCCAGCAGUCGUACUCCCCGCUGCGACCACUUCACACUUCCCUGUGCCAACGCUGAGCAGCACCAUUACAGUCAUUGCCCCCACACAUCAUCAUAGCAACAAUACCACUGAGAGUUGGUCUGACUUCCGCCCUGAAAACCCUGUGGAUCGUGGCCUUUUUAAUAGAGGACCACCCCCUCAACAGAGGAAGCGUUGCCGUGACUAUGAUGAAAAGGGUUUCUGCAUGAGAGGGGACAUGUGUCCGUUCGACCAUGGAAGUGACCCAGUUGUGGUGGAGGAUGUCAAUUUGCCCAACAUGCUGCCCUUCCAACCUCCACCACUUCCAGGUGACCAAAGACCACCCCCAGGCCUGCCACCACCACCACCUCUUAUGAACCCCCCGCCCGUGAACCUGCGCCCCCCCGUGCCCCCACCAGGUUCCCUCCCACCCAGCCUUCCACCUGUUGCAGGUCCUCCUCCUCCGCUGCCUCCCCUGCAACCAUCGGGCAUGGAUGCUCCUCCCAAUUCUAUGACCAGCUCUGUUCCCACCAUUGUCACCUCUGGGAUGCGCUCCUCUCUUCCCCCGGCCCCUGUCCCGCGCUUCACCUCUGACAACUUUGAGACAGACGUGUAUAAUCCUGAGGCUCCCAGCAUCACCAAUACCUCAAGGCCAAUCUACCGCCAUCGGGUCAAUGCCCAGAGACCUAACCUGAUUGGGCUCACCAUGGGGGAUGUGGACCAGCCCCCAAGAGACAAGAUCCCGAACAACAGCAUGAGGAUCGUAAUGGAAUCUGAUUUGAGGAAGAGACCACCUGGCCUUCUUGAUGGAGGCCUUCCUAUGAAGAAACCGUGGUUUGACAAACCCAACUUUAACUCACCCAAACACCAGGGCUACCAGAAAAGAGUCCCUUUCCCCACCAACACCAAGCUGCUGGUUCGUCAAAUUCCUCAUGAGCUCAACAACAUCAGCAAACUUAACGAACAUUUCAGCAAGUUUGGGACCAUCGUCAACCUACAGGUGGCCUUCCAAAAUGACCCAGAGGGCGCACUGAUCCAGUUUGCUGCCCCACACGAGGCUAAGCGGGCUAUACAAAGCACAGAGGCGGUUCUCAACAACCGCUUCAUCAGAGUGCACUGGUUUCGUGAUGAUGGGAGUGACGGGCAGGGCCAGUCCAUCCCACAGCAGCAGCCACAGCCAGACAUGCAGGCCUCCGACACGUCUCUGAAGCAGUCGGUCAAAGAUCGCCUCGGACCUCUUCUCAAUGCCAACUCUGAGUUCUCACAAGAUACCAGUGUAGCCUCUCAGCAGACCCCCUCUAAGAUGUCAGUGAAGGACCGUUUGGGUUUCUCUGCCAAACCAGCAGCUCCUGUUGAAAAAGUGUUUUCGACAUCCUCGGGCCUCACAAAGACUGUAUACAAUCCUGAUGCCCUCAGGGCGGCCCAGAAAACCACAGAGGAGGCUCUGAAGAAGAAACGGGAAGCACUAAGACUACAGCAGGAUGUAAGGAAAAAGAAGCAGGAAAUAUUGGAGAAGCACAUCGAGACACAGAAGCUCCUGAUAUCCAAACUUGAGAAGAACAAAACAAUGAAGGCAGAGGACAAAGCCAAGAUCAUGGAAACUUUAGGCACGUUAACCAAGAGCAUCACCAAACUUCAAGAGGAGAUAAAGGGAGUCUCGGCCAGCAACAACCAGCCUCGCACAGCCAAGAGCAAAGCCCAGGCGCAGAAGGAGCUGCUUGACGCGGAGCUGGACCUGUACACGAAGACCCAGGCCGGAGAGGACACUGCUCUGUUGAAGCUCAAGUACACGCAGCUGCAAAUUGAGGCGGCUAGAAGGGGAAUCCUGUCGGCAGGAAGAGGGCGGGGGGUCCACGCUCGAGGGCGCGGGGCUCUGAGGGCCCGGGGAAGAGGCUCCAGAGGACGGGGAAGAGGCGCUUCGCUGCACGCAGUUGUGGACCAUCGACCGCGAGCGCUGGAGAUCUUUGGAUUCCCUGAAGCAGACCAUGUGGACCUGCUGCCACACUUUGCUCAAUUUGGGGAGAUUGAAGAUUGCCGGAUUGAUGAACACAACCUGUCUGCAGUCAUAACCUACAAGACGAGAGCAGAGGCAGAACAGGCGGCUCUCCACGGUGUGAGGUUCAACAACCAGCACUUGCGUCUGGCCUGGCAUAAAGUUGUCAAGACUCAGAGUACUGCAGAUGUUGAUGAUGCAGGACCGGAGGAGGAUGAGUACCCGGAGGAGUCGCUGAGUGACGACGCUUUGCUUCAGGAUGACGAUGAGGAGGAAGAUGACAACGAGCCUCGCUCUUGGCGUAGAUGAAGAUUUGUUGGACGCUCUUUCCAGAUUUCCCCGGAUGGAAUACGAGCAAGAAUCCAACAAAUUUGAAAUAUUUCAAUGCCUGGUCCUAAACCACAUUUUACCUUGGCUAGACCUUUCUUCCACACUCAAAUGUGUAACUAGCUGGAGAACAAUGUACGAGUUUGAUUAUUUUUAAUGUGUAUACCAGAUGCAACAAUGGUGAAUUUUUUAAUGCUCUUAAUGUAGAAAUCUUUUUUUUCCCCCAUUGUUUUUGAUUCAUGACAAACAAAUAAUUAGUCUGAACAUGUGACAGCUAAUCCCACAUUUGUUGAACCCUUAGUUUAAGAAAAAACAUGUGUUGUAAUUUAAUGGAAUGACAGACAGUAGCUUUUUGCAGAAUAGUGUUAGGUUGACUGGUUUAAAUGCUCAUUUGUAAAUAUUUUAUGUCUGGAUUCAAAUGACCUGUAUGAAAGCUUGGCUUCUCAGUUCUUGGCUUAACUUUGGAUUGUACAAAAAAUAAAGAAUUGAAAUGGUCUGAAAACAUGCUGCCAAAGAAAAAGAAGAAAAAAAUGCAAUGGCAGUGAAAAAAUAACACUCUGAAAAGAGCUGGAAAAAGACCAUUUCAAAAAAACAAAAAACUUA